GAUAGCCAAGCGAGCGGCGACAACAAUACAAGCCCGGGAGCCCAAUCGGUGUCAGCAUUGCUUGGGGCUGUUUUAGGGAUUGCACUAUUAUUUGUUUGUAGCAUGAUUCUUGCAGUGUACCUCAACCGACGUGCUUGUAAGAAAGGCGAUGACCACGGCGACAAGAACUCGGUAGAACGUCUGAAAAAGCUCGAGGCUGUCUCGUCGACUCGUAAAUUGGGAGAAUGGUGGCCAACAGUUAAGGAGUCAUUGGGUUUGUCGCAGGGGUGUGACAAUUUUGUCUGUGUCAUCUGUUUCGACCAGGUUGAACGUACGCACGAGAUCCACGAGCUAAAAUGUUUGCACGUCUUUCACAAGCAGUGCCUGGAGAGAUGGUACCUGCGGAGCCAUUACACGUGCCCAAUGUGUCACCAAGCUUUUUUUCAGGAACGGCGUCGUUCUACAUCG